CCUAUACUUCUGCAUCAGGACCCCAAUAACCCACCAAUCCACAAUUGGUUACAGAUUACCAGUCGAUUCACGCGCCUUAUUGCUUGAAUAUUUUGCUCGCUGGGUUUAAUUUAAAUCAACUUCGCACCAAACGAUGGCACCUACGCGCCAACGAAAGCACGGGAAGUCAACAGAGUCGGAGUCCUCGGUCGAUGCAAUGGAUUUCCCAGCGCCUCCCCAGACCAUACCAACAAAAUCAAGCACGCCAACGAGGACUCCAAUAAGACGAAGCCCUACGAAGAAGGCCACAAGAGGGCUCACUGCGAACCAGAAGCAAGCGCUGCUUGAUAACCUUCAACUCGAGAUCACUGAGCGCGCCAGAAAGCUUAGGGCUCAGUACAUGCUUCAAGCGCAAGGCCUUCGUACCAGAAUUGAGAUCAGAGUCAACCGCAUUCCGACGGGACUCCGCAAGGCGAAAAUGGGCGACCUCCUCCUCAAAUACAACGAGGCGAAGAGCAAUGCCAUCUUACCAGGGAUGACUGCGCGAGGUGCAAAUAUGGGAUCGCCAUCCAGAAAUCUCCUCCAAGAGAACCAGAGGAAUGCCCGCCACAGCCCCUCACCCAUGCGCCAACUGAAACGCCACAGCGGCGACAUGCUAGACAAAGAAAACGAAGACCUCUCUAACCCCAAGAAGCGUGCCAAGGCCGCCCCUGCACCCCGCGUCGCUUCUCGCACCAAACAAGCCGACCAAGUCCUCUCACCCCGCUCUGCAAACUCCCGCAACGCGCCACAGCCACGAUCCCCCAUCCGGCCGCCAACCAGCCUAGCGCGUCCAGCAUCACCAGUCAAACUGCUGCCUCCCGGCGGAGGAGCAAGCUACCUCACAAACAUGGUUGAGAAGGCGAAAUCGAGCCGGGCGGCGGCGACCGGAGCUUCAAAGACAGGAACCUCCGCUGUGGGCAGGCCGAAGAAAGCGGUAGCUGCUGCGGCGCCAGCGCCGAGAGCGCGUCGAGGCAGGCCGAGCAACAGUAGUGAAUCGAGCGAUGCGAGUGCGAGGACUACGAUUGUCAGCCGGGCCCCGGCGGCGAAGAAGGAGCCGGCUAAGAGGACGGUUAUGGGGGCUCUGAAGAGUAUGGGUGCGAAGAAGACGGCUGCUGCGCCUGCUGCGUCGAGACCGGCGCCAGUUGGGAGGGUCCUGAGGAAUAGAGGCGCUGCGUAAGGCUGUUGGGGUUAUGCAACCCCUGGGCCUGGGGGAGAAGCACUUCACAGGCCGCAAUGACGAGU